AUGUUAAUUAAUGAACUAGAUGGACUUACAGUAGAUCGGAAUGAUCUUCAAGAAAAAGUAAAUGAGACCGCUUCAAAUCUAGGAUCUUGUCAACACAUAACAGCAAAAAUUGAUGAAUGGGAACGAAGAACUACCGAAAAAGUUAAACAAGCUGCUGAAUUGGCUGAAAAACAGGAGCGAAGGGCUAAAAAAAGUGUUGUUGAACAGGAUAUAGCCCGAUUAAGACAAGAAAUAGAUCAACUUAAGAAAGAUUUAACAAAAUUAGCGCAGACACCAACAAUCGAAUUGAAUAUGAAACAAAGUGAUGAAAUUAAGUGGGAUCAUAUGAUAUGUGUCGAGGAAAAAUCUAUAAAUGUUGAUUAUCAAUUGCAUCAGCUGGAACCAAUGGGUAAGUACUUGAGUAGAAUUCGAAAUGAAAGUUUUAAACGUACUUGA